UCUCUCUCGCACAAUAGCGCUACACAAGGAAUUAUUUUUCACUGAUAGAAAAUGUUAAUUUUCUAUUGUCAAUUUUCCAUAAAAGGAUUUUUCAGAAGCGAUUAAAAAAAAGCGGGAGAUUUAGUGCUCAAGGCAGGAGAGCGUGGGAUGAGGUCCAAAAUCUUGAAACUAAACCGUCCUACCUAAUGCGGGAGAGUUGACAGGGAACCCGAUAAACACAGGCAUCCCAAGAGCGCACAAGAACUUCCUAAUCAAAGAUGGCGGGACGUUUUGGACUUAUUCGAGAAAUUUUCUCAAAACCUAUUAUGAAGAAGGCAGCUAAAGCGAUCUUCCCUGACCCUAUGGACCAAUACAGAUUAGAGUUAAUGCUCUGGGAUUUUAAGAAGAAGGAGACCAUGGACAAGUGGGUGACGAUAACUGAUAAACAAUUUGGAGGUUUGUCUACAGCCGAGUUCGUUCCAAGCAAGUCUGGCAAAGCUGUCUUUAGAGGAAACUUAUCUACAAAGUUACCGAAGGAGAGCGAAGCAAAGCACACGGGAGUGUGUGCUGUACGGUCACAGCCACAAGUGGACUGGAAAGGGCGUGUUGUGCCAUAUGACACCUCGGAGUAUGACGGGAUACAAAUGAGAAUACGAGGAGACGGCCGGACAUAUGCACUGAACAUCCAGCCAGACAGUGUCCGCUCAGAUGAUUUACACCAAGCCUUUAUGUACACACGAGGAGGGCCAUAUUGGGAGACUAUUAGGAUGCCAUUCAGCAAAUUUAUUCUUACAAACUCUGGCUACUUACAAGACCACCAGAUGGAUAUCCCGCGCAUGCGGACAUUUGGAAUUACACUAGCGGACAAUAAUGACGGACCUUUUUCUCUUGAGAUCGAUUACAUCAAGGCUGUUCUGUACAUCUAUCAGCCGAAACAUUUCCAGUACCAGCAUGAUAAAUCUGACUGAAAGUAAUAUGAAUAUAAUGAUGGAAUAUAAUGAUGGAAUACAACGAUGGAAUACUGAUAUACUACAAUACGGACAAGUUCUUAUCAAAACUUUAAAUUCGUCUGGUAAUAAAGCUUGUAUUACGUUCUUUUAUCAUCAGAAGGGAAUGUUGGAUAUACAGAUGUUUAAAAUGAGAUACAAUAUUUAGUAGUGAAA